AACCACCCAUUUAUUUUCCACAGGUACACUUUGGGCUUCACGGUAGCCCAACAAAAGAAGAAUGCACUUUCAACUUUAACCCAGCAUGGCCUCAGGAAUCUUGAAACAAAUAUAAGAGGAAGAUAUUUAUUUCUCGUUAUAUAUUGGAAAGUUUCUCUUUGUCUGUGCAAGCAUGUGGGCACGAAUGAAGUUAACAGACACAAAAUCAAGCUGAAAGAAAGACAAGACAUAUAACAAUAAUAAAACCUGCCCUCAAUUAACGCAUAUAGAUAAACAAAGAGAAUAAGCAUUAUACAGAUAGAGGAAGAACAGACGUAAAAUAAAAGAAAUAAGGAAAAAAGGUGAAGAAAAGGGAAGGAAAAAUACGUAAAUAAGAAGAACUGAAGGCAAAUCAAGCACAAUGGGAGGGACAUUUGGCAAGCAUGGAUCGUGGGUGGUCGACCACUCUAUGGAUGACAUUCCCCUUCACAAUAUGGGCGGGGACACGAGGCACGGGUCCAUCGCUACUAUUACGGGCGGGGACACGACGCCGGACGACUACACGUUCGUCCUCGAAACAGCAGCGGAGAGAAAAGCCCGAAAGAGAUCGCAUUGGGUCGCUUAUACCACUAUGUUCGUCAUGUCCAUCGGCUUUUCUAUCGUUCUGAGUGGUGUUUGGCCGUAUCUGAGUGAGCUGGAGCCGUCACUGGACAAGCAGUCGCUGGGCUGGGUGGUGGCAGCCAACCCCUUCGGCCAGAUGAUCGCGUCGCCCCUCCUCGGCCUCUGGGGCAACAAGGCGGGGUCUAUCAGAUGGGCGUGCAUAACCACCGUGAUAGUCUUCAUCCUCGGCAACGCGAUGUACUCCAUGCUCCACCUGUUCCAAGGCCUAGGCUACCUCUCCUCCUUCUACGCCAUGAUCGUCUCCAGGUUCAUCGUAGGCAUCAGCUCGGCCAAUGUGACUCUGUGCCGGUCUUACCUGGCUGGUUCGACAACCCUGAAGGAGAGGACGGUUGGUAUUGCAAUCAUUGCAGCAGCACAGGCUCUGGGCUUCGUCGUAGGUCCAGGCAUCCAGACGGUGGUGACCAUCGCCAUUCCCGAGCCGGUGGACACGGGCGUCGACUGGUUCGUGUGGGACAAGUUCACCGCCGCCGGGUGGACGGCUGCGCUGCUGGGCCUCAUCAAUCUCAUUCUCCUCCUCCCUUGCAUAUUCCAGGAGUAUAAUAUCGCCGAGAAGGAGCGCGCGAUGAUGAACGCCGGUAAGAAGGACCAGGCGCUGCGUCUCCCGAAGCCCGACUACAUCAGCCUUUCCGCCAUCCUGUUCGGCUUCUUCAUCACGCUCUUCAUCUACGUGCUGCUGGAGACGCUGGCCGAGCCCUUCAUGGUGGACCAGUACGGCUGGACCGACGACAAGGCCAUGGUGGUGGUGGGGAUCGCGCUCAGCGGCGGCGGGUUCCUGUCCAUCUUUAUGUUCGUGCUGAGCGGCGUGCUGUCCAAGAAGUACGACGAGCGGAUCGUGAUGCUCGUGUUGGGCUUCGUGCCGCUCAUGAUCGGGACGUUCCUGUUCCUGCCGUGGGGGCCGGGCUCCAUCCCCAUCCAGGUGUGCUACAACGAGACCAUGGAUAAUCUCACCACUACCAUGGACAUGACGAGCACCACGACCAUGGGAACGGCACCUGCCUCCCUCCUGGAUGUCGGCGCCGUGGACUCGUGGAACUUCGGAGAUAUCAAUCUGCUCGAGACGGAAUCGGGGGAUCGUAACUGCACCCUCGGCUGCCCCGAGGAACAGGAGUGGUGCCAGACCACGCCGCAGUUGCCCAUCCCGCAGCUGAUCGUGGCCUACAUCAUCGUCAUCUUGGGUUACCCCGUCGCGCAGUCUCUCGGCCAGGCUCUGUUCUCGAAAAUCCUGGGACCCAAACCCCAAGGGUUGUGGAUGGGCGUGCUGACGGGCGUGGGGAGCUUCUCUCGCAUCAUGGGCCCCAUCUUCGUGGCUUAUGUGUACACGAACCUCGGCACCAGGUGGACCUUCGGCAUCCUGACGGUGUCCAUGGUGCUGGCGGAGGUGGUGCUAAUGGCGAUGUUCCCGAGACUCGUCCCCAUGAAGGUGCCGACGCUGGAGGAGCUCAGAGGCCAUGAUGGCCCCGCGGCGUCGGAAAAGCACUAGGGCAGGAAGCGAGACGCGAGAGACGCAUCUUAAGCAAGAGUUCAUUCUGACAAGUGUAGGAAAA